AUGUUUCAAGAAGUAGGCAACCCUUCGUACACCAACGGUUCAAAAUCCAACACGUGGAAGCUCACCACUGGGAGGACUUGUGAGACAUACUUCAAGAGCGCGUUUGGUAGCCCGGAUGAGACCAGAUUGGGCCUACAAUCUACCACUUAUCUGCUGUUUGUUUACCAAGAUACUGGCCCGCUAGAUAAGACACGGCCCGCGAUGCACAGUACAUUUGUCUUGGAAAUCAGAGAUUAUUUGAUCAGGGCCAUGGGGAGACGGAAAAUCUCGCCACCGCGGCCGCCGAUGUUGGGUAGAGACUGGAACGAGGUCGGCAGCGUCGGCCGAAUCUGGGACAGUGUCGGCAACGUUGGGCGGAAGUCGGUGAGAGAAGUUGCAGAAGGAUGA